CGGACGACUAUGUUUAAGCGAUAACUGUCCUGUCGGUACAGGGAGCUGUGCGCACUCUAGGCAGCCGUGACUACCCACUAACUACCUAGUUGGAGCCAAUAGGGAGGCAGUGUUCAUAUUAUUCUUCACCCCCACACCAUCAACUAACGUGCGUAGGAUCACCGUGGCUGAGGGAAGGUUCCACUUGUAUGUAGGUGCACUGCUAGUACGCUGAGACAGGGACACCCCGCUCGACUUCAUCCCUGUCCCCAGCCUCCGUGGUCCCUGAGCCGGAGCCUCAAGUUCAUCACGUACAUAUAACGAAGCACCGCGCCUUGUGAUUCGUCAAUGGUUUCGGUCCGAGUCUGUAGCUUUAGGUGGCUAGAUACAAACAAACGUCGCCGACACGAUGCAAGCAUCACAACAGCUUCAGGUACCAACCAACGUCGCCGACACGACGCAAGCCUCGCAACAUCUCCGACCGCCGACGGCAACGGAUGGUGAACCAGCUAGGCCGCACUCCCGCAAUCGCUCGCGACGGUCUUCAGCAUCAUCGCCUGCUGGCGGUAGGCCCAGGUCGCGCAACCGGUCCCGCGACUCGAGAUUGCCGCCUUCGUCGACGGCAACGCCGCCGUGGCCGACGUCUCGCAGUCGUGUACUGAGCCCAGCCGCGCGCAAAUGGACUACCACUCGGAUUUUGAUCAAGGAGCCCCAGAAUCGAUGGCCGUUUGCGUUGAAGACGCACAUGCCCGAAUUGGACGAUGUUGAUCAGUUAAGAAGCGCAAUGCGGGGUCAGCAGGGACGCGGCCUCUGGUUGUUCGGAAAGGAGACUGGUGUUGCCGUCGUCCGAACCCUUCCGGACGAUACUAUCGAGGCCAGCUUCCGCGGAGCGCGGGGACUCAUGAAAUGUUUCGAGUCUACUGCACCAAAGUUCGAACUCUUCUACAUCACCAUGACCGCGCAAGGAAGACUCCGUAUAGAAGUCGAUAUCUUCAAGCGACUCGCAUUGUGUUACGAGCUACCGGUGGCUUUCAUCAAGAUGCUGAUCGGCCACAGCCGGCAGCCGCCUCAUGCUGGCUUCGGAAGCAGGUUGCAGCCCGUCGGACCGGCAGGCGACCUGAUACAAGACUUCUGGUACACACUCCCGAUCCGUCUUCCAAUGGCGUGCACCGACCCGGAGAACGCGCACCGAGACUGGCACACGGGGAUCUACCAGAUCAACGCAUUCAACCACCUGCACCUUCACAAGCAGAAAUCCGACCUCCGUCACUUCGAUCUCGUCAUCCUCUCGCGGCACGACCUGGCCAACAAGAAGUCCACCGUCAUCUGCGUCAACCUGCAUUCGCGCACUCCCGGCCCGAUCGAAGUCAUACAGCAACGCGUCCUCCGUGCCCUUGAAGACGGCGGUACACAGAUGAUCGACCGCAAUCCGCUGUGGGCUAAUGUCGUGUAUAUCGAUCAGGUGCUGGAGUGGUGGAAGGUUACGUUCGAGUUCUACGCCGCGGAGCUGAAUACCUAUGAGAAGCAGAUCGAAGACAAGAUGACUGCGCAAGCCAAGCCCAAGCCGCGACCGCCACCAACCGGCAAAACACCACAGAUGCUGGCGGACGAGAUGUUGGAAAAGACGCGGAUAUCGACGGAAAUGCUGGAGACGAAUCGCGCGCUGCACGCCAUGGCAUCCCACUGCUUGCGCUACAAGACGGAGCUCGUCACCGUCGCGACCGUCGUCGUGGCUGUCAUGGAGCAGCAUGAGGAGAUAUCCGAACAGCUAAAGCUUGGACAGUUCGAGAGGGAUAGGGUCAGGAGGGCGUUGAAGCAACAGCUCGCCGAGGUCACCGCCAUCACACGGUCGCAGGAGGAGUUGGCGAAGAAGACGGAGAAUACGCUAGCGUUGUUAUUCCACUCCGUCCAAGCCGACUACGACCAGCAACAGAUCGUCAACGGCGACGAGCUGCAAAAGAUCUCUCUCGCCAGCCAGGACGAGGUGAAGCAGACGCGAAAGGACAGUCUCGCGAUGAAGACCAUUGCCGUGAUGACAAUGUUUUUUCUUCCGGGGACGAGUAUCGCCGCUAUUCUGGCGCUACCGUACUUCCAGAGCACGGUAGCCCACAGGACGCUGUGGCUGUGGGCAGUGCUGGCAGCAGCGAUGACUGGCAUCGUCCUCGGUCUCUACCAUCUGCUCUCGAAGGGCGCGUCUGAGCGGCACAGGAAGGAGAAUGCGGUUGUGGAUCCGGAGAAACAGGAGUGAUGCGUGUAUUUGAGUGUACUACCUACAUACUAGUCUAGUGGGAUUUGACAAGUGGCAUGUGGCGUGAAUCUGCAACGUCCACGAUUAUGUGUUGCGCAGUUGUAUGGAAACACUGUAGUCGCGCUUAGUAGUCGUCCCGACGGAUCCGAGACUCGGGUGAGUCGAGAAUACAUACCCGCAUUGAGUUUCAC